AGCAGCAGCAGCAGCAGCAGCAGCCGCCGAAGCUUUCACUAGCGAGGAAACCUUUGCCUUCGGCCGGCCCUCCGCUUCCUUCUGCAAAGGAAGCCCCGAUGACGAAGCCCUUGAACUCUCCUCUUCCUCCAGUUCCUCUCAGGUCAGAACCUACAACAACCUUGAUCACAAGGCGACCCGUAGCCGGAGGCAGCCUGCCAUCUCCGUCUGACUCGGCGCCCCUUUCCAGUGUGCUUUCGGCCUACUCCAACCGCUCUUCAGAUUCGACCGUGGGGUCGUCAACAGAUGGUACCACCAUGAGUGCCCACAACUCAUUCUUACAUGCCUCUCCAAAGCAAGGCAACGGAGAUGGCAAGGCGAGUUAUGACGAGCUGUUUCUUCCGCCCAUAUCACCCUUAGUAAUGGACAACUAUGUCCAUAGCCCAGAACCAACCGGACUGUGGAAGGAUCGUGGGCAACCGCCGCCACCUCCUCCCCUGAAAAACUCUAGCGCCCACGACCAAAGACCGCAGACACCCCCGGAUGUGCCGGGACAGUCAAUGCACGCUGCUCCGUCGUUGGCACAAACGCCCCCAUCCAAACCUCAGAUCUGGAGGCGGAGAUCACCAAAGGUCGAUAAAGAUCUUGUCGUAUCCGAACUCAAACUUGUCUCGAGCCACGGCUCAACCGCCUUGUCGACGUUGCCGCCCUCCCACUCGCCUGCAAGCACAUCGGAUUCAGACCCUCGCCGAGAGCAUUUUCACCUCGAACAGUCGGAACCCGCUGCGACGACCCGAGUCCAGCCGCGCCCAAGUCCCAAUGCCGCAUUUCCUGGCAGGAAUAUUCGCCCUGUGGCUUCCCGGCAACGGAUGUCUCCACAAACGCCCGAGAGCAUGGAUCAGGAGGCGUCAAAUCUGCAGCUUGUCGAUGAAAAUGCGAGUCCGACCAAAGAUGGAAGCGAGAUGACAGUGCUGAGCUUCCCAGGAAUCCCGAACCGGAAACAGUCUGCCCCAGAUGUCAAGAGACCCCCGCAUGUUACCCGGCUACCCACCCCCGAGUAUCGUCAUGACGAUGUCAGAAGUCCUAUCAUGGAGACGGUCAUCUCACCAGUGUCGCCAACCUCCUCACCAGAGCCUUUGGACGAGACGAAACUCAUUACUACGCCCAAGGACGUCCGCCCCAUCCACCUCUCGGUUGCUAAGGAGAUUCGACCGGUGAAGAGCAUGCCAAUCCUGGGACUAGACACGAACGGCCUGACUCUGAAGGCAAAGCCGUCGUCGCCUGCAGGCCUCACAGUACGAUCGCCCAUUGGGCUCCCCUCGUCGCCUGCACCCAGCCGCGGCUUGACCCUUAACCAGAGCCGGUUUCCUGCACGAACCUCGUCAAAACCAGCCGAGGACCAGGGGCCAUCUGCAGUGGUUAGUGAGCGGGAGCCAGCAGUCGAUCGUGCAGAAUCCCGUGCUGUGGAGUUCCAGGUUCAAGCUGAAGCUGGAAACGCUAGGUCUGUUGGGCCACCGCAAACGCAAUCAGCUUCAGCGGCAGUAUCCGAAACCGUGACGCCGUCGACAAAGGCUGAUAGUCGCGACAAUGCGGAUUUGGCUCGGCCCGAGAGUCUUGCGAGUGAAGAUCCGAAGACAGAAAGCGUCUCAACCCCGACAAGCGACUCCUUCCCCAUUGGCUGGGGGGAACCGAUUCCUGAGGGCAUCAUUUUUGACGCCCCCCCCAUAAUCGAGAGGAACUUUAGAUGCCUGGCCAAUCACCGAUUCAUGGUACAGAGCAGGAACACCUUUUAUCCUUUGGCGUGCCAAGCUUGCCAUGUGAAGGAUACGUCGAUUCGGUUUACGUGCGGGACCUGCUGGCUCCGCACCUGCAUGACCUGCCGGAACAACCUAUACAGGUUCAACAACGAUCUCCAGGCCUUGAUGAAGCACAAUGAGGCCGUCCUCGUGGAGCACGUCGAAGAAGCCCAGGAUGAGGACAAAAUUGAGGGGCCUGUGGGCCGGAUUUCAGCAGGGCGUGCAGGCCAGAUCGCCGGGUAAACGACGAUAUGCUUGCCUUGUUAUUUUUGGUGUACAUUAUAUUUACUUAGCUAGAAGACACCCAGGAUCGGAGCUGGGUCAUGAUUGUAAGAGAUAUGGGCCUGGGUGGGAAUACAGAGGUGGUGGCGUUUAAAGGGUGGCAUAUACCAUGGAUGUUCGGGCUUUCUACUACUGAGCUCGAAAGGCAGGGAUAAUAAAUGUAUUCUAGACUGAUGGUGGCUCCGGCCACUGUAAACAUUCUUGACUUCUCGGCUCUUUGUUAAGGCUAACGACUUGGUUAGCGGUGAUGGAAGUGCAAGCUUUGAGGAUGUGAUCUUGUAGGCAUGUAAUACCGGGG